UUGGUGUGCGAAAUUCUCAUCACUAGCAAUGCCUAGCAAAUCUAUUUUGCAGUGGCCUAGAAGGUUAUCUCAAAUUUUGCUAGUCCAACAAUAAAUGAGGCCCCCCAUGAUCGCAGAUUGUUUUGAAAGAAACCUUAAUGAUAACAAGACACUUCUUAGUAUAGAAUGAUAACACGCACUGCAAAUAAAAUAAACACAAAGUCUUUCCAAGCUGGAUGAUAAUGCGAAAUGAAGCUGAGAAAUCUACAAGAUUAUUUUAUAGAAUCUAAUGACCCGGUAAAAACAAGAAGAUAAGACCUGCCAGGAAUCUACGCACUUUGUUCCUUUCCACUUUGAGGUGGACCACUAGAUACAGAAAUAUUUGCUUGUGCAGUUUUCGUUUUUCCGUUGUUUUACUUGCAUUCUCUCUUUCGAAUAGGGUCCACUCAAAAGCGCAUAGACACUUGCAGAGCGAGUUCAGUGACUUCGCUGCAGCAGAGACACCGGUUGGAGCAGUCAGAGCGCAAUACAGAGGCAGUGGCGUCCCCAGGAUGAUCCGGAGGGGCUUACGAUCAUAAACUUUUCCAAUAAAAUGUAUAAAGCCUCUCAUGGUAUCGUUCUUUUUCGGUUUCACCAAGAUGUUUUCCUAGAUAUGUUCCAUAUCUGGACUUUGUGCAGCACAAGUUAGUGGGGAGAGAACCCCGCUCGACUACGGCCUGGGUGGCCUGGCCUCGCUCUCAUGCUUUGUGCGAUAGUGUUUUUGCAGCCACCACCUCCCAGUGCAAUCGAGCAGUUCGAUCGGAGAGGUUGGGAGAUCUCGGAGGAAACAAAAGCGCAGAAUCAGCGAUACGGCGACCAUGUCUGUGAAUGCGGAUCUGCAGAGGGAGCGGGCGGCGGCCACUCUGGACAGCGAGGACUUUGCCCGCUGGUGGGCGGGUGGUGCGGCCCAGUUGGAGGAGCGUCGCGCCCUGGACCGCCGCUUCUACGAGGACCCCGACUUCGCGGAGGCAGUGCACCCGAGCUGCCUGUCCUACAAGGAGCGCUACGAGCAGACGGUGGCCAGAGCCACCCGCUUCCUGGCCAAGCUGCGGCAGUGGCAGCGGGAGAAGCAACCUCAGUUGCAGCUUAGUGUAAAUAUGCUGCGGGACUUCCGGCUCCUGCUCUCCGGAUCCCUGGGCACGGGCCUCUUCCAGCAAAGCUUCCCCCUGCGCGUGCACUUCUCCAUGUUCAUGACCACGCUUCUGAGCCAGGGAACCGAGGAGCAGCAGGCCCAGUGGCUGAAUCGCUCUUGGCACAUGGACGGCGUCCUGGGGACCUACGCCCAAACGGAGCUGGGCCACGGCACCUUCGUCCGUGGCUUGGAGACCCGCGCGGACUACGAUCCGGAGACGCAGGAGUUCGUCCUCAACACGCCCACGCAGAGCGCCUACAAGUGGUGGCCCGGCGGUCUGGGAAACACGGCCAACGUGGCGAUUGUCCUGGCCCAGCUCUACGUGAGGGGCAAGCACUAUGGGCUGCAGUCCUUCCUGGUGAGGAUCCGCGAUGAGAGGACCCACGAGCCGCUGGCCGGCAUCGACGUAGGCGACAUAGGACCUCGUCUGGGGGGCAACGGAGUGAACAACGGCUUCCUGGGGCUUCGCGACGUGCGCAUUCCCCGAACCCAAAUGCUGAUGAAGAACGCCCAGGUGCUCGCCGAUGGAACCUUCGUCCAGGGAAGACCUCCGCUGCUGCUCUACGGCACUAUGGUCUACGUGCGGGUCAUCACCCUGAAGGACGUGCUCUUCGGUCUCCUACAGGCAGCCACUAUUGCUACCAGGUAUUCCGUGGUGCGUCGCCAAAGCCGAAUUGAUGCGGAUCAGCCCGAGGUGUCGGUUUUGGAUCACAUCACGCAGCAGGCCAAGAUCCUGCCGCAGCUGGCGCGAGGAGUGUCUUACCGCCUGGUGUCCGACUGGCUGUGGAGCUUCUACGAGCAGGUCCUGCGGCAACUGGAGGACGGGAGCAGCGGAGGCCGCAACUCCUUGCCCGAACUGCACGCUCUCAGCUGCUGCCUCAAGGCGGUGUCCACCGACGAGGCCACCGAGGGCGUGGACCUGCUGCGUAAGAGUUGCGGCGGCCACGGCUUCCUCUCCUCGGCCAACUUCGACAGCAUCUAUGGCCUGACCGCGGCGGCCUACACGUACGAGGGAGAGUACACGGUGCUCCUGCUGCAGACGGCUCGGUUCCUGGUCCGCCAGUACGUGGACAGCCUGAAGAGGAAGGUGCUGCCGUCGAGCGUCUCCUACUUGAGGGACACUUCGCGUCUGGUUUGGGGCAAGAGCAUCGCUGUGAAUUGUGUGCGCGCCCUGGAGAUUUCCGCCCUGGAGCAGGUGCGCCACGCGUGGCAGACCCAGAAGACCCAUCAGAACAGCCGGGUGAGUGCCGAGCGGGCCAGCAACUUGGCGGGCAGACAGCUCACGGGGGCUGCCACAGCCCAUGCCCAUGCCUUCUUCACCCGGAACGCGCUGCAGCAAGUGGAGGCCCUUCGCAAGAAGGGCGAUCUUGGCCCGAGUGUGUCCGCCGUCCUGGGCCAACUGGUGGAGCUCUUCGUCCUCGACACAUUCCAGCGACAGUCGGGCACCGUGCUCCGCUGGAAUACUGGCAUCAAUGGCACCCAACUGCGGUUCAUCGAGCGUCGCUACGAGGAGUUGCUGGUCAAGCUGCGUCCCAAUGCGGUGGCCAUUGUGGAUGGCUUCGACUUCCACGACCGCGUUUUGGGCUCCACGCUGGGCUGCCACGACGGCCGCGUCUACGAACGCCUCAUGGAGGAGGCUCGGAGGAAUCCAGUCAACCAGGAGCCCGUCAACUCGUCCUUCCACAAUCACCUGUUGCCCAUGAUGCGGGGAAAGCUUUGAUGAGGACCCGAAUCUCCAUGGUGGGAUUAUUUUUCAUAUAAUUUUUUUUUCUUAUCUUAUAUAUGUAUAUGUUAUACACUUUUUAAAUAAAAGCUACUUGUUUUUACAAUUUUCACUAUUUGGUUGCAUAUGGGGUAUUGAUCUUUGUUU